UUAAGGAUAAAGAUAGAAUAUUUUAAUAUUGUAUGGUACCAUGUUUAACACUGUCUUCUAUCUUCUCAUAACCAAAUUCGAAAUUUGGUUUCCUGCUCAUUUCUACCCUAUCACCUAGCUUAAUGGAAAUCUUUUCGGAAUCUCUCAACUUCCUUUCAUUGCCAUGGCUUCUUACUGGCAUUGCCAUUCUACUUAUCUUCUUAAACAGAAAUGUAGGGAAACGAAAUUUGGAAAAUCUACCCCCAGGUCCUCCAAGGCUUCCCAUUAUAGGCAACCUUCACCAACUUGGUAAUCUGCCUCAUUUUUCUCUGUAUAAACUGUCCCAAAAAUAUGGCCCCGUCAUGCACCUAAAACUUGGUCGAGUCCCUACUUUGGUCAUUUCAUCCCCCGAGAUGGCAAAAGAGGUGCUCAAAGAUCAGGAUGCGAGUUGCUGCAAUAGGCCUGAUUCGUAUGGUAUGAGGAGGUUAUCAUACAACCGAAAGGACAUAUCUUUCAGUCCUUAUGGUGAGUACUGGCGCGAGAUGCGUAAGAUUUGUGUCAUAGAACUUUUUACUGUCAAGAGGGUUCGUUCAUUUCAGCAUGUCAGAGACCGGGAGAUUGCCAAGUUUGUGAACAUUCUCUCAGAAGAAGCUUCAGACCCUGACAAUAAAUCCAUCCAGCUUGAUCACAAAAUAUACUCUCUUGCAAAAAACAUCAUUUGUGGGAUUGCAUUUGGAACCGAUUUUGAACAUGAGAAGCUCAAGGAACAAGAAAUUCACAAGACUUUACAGGAUGCCUUGCUGGUAAUUAGUGGCUUCUGCGCUGCAGAUUUCUUUCCAUACUAUGGAUGGAUGAUUGAUAUAUUAACAGGGUUUCGCCAGAAGCUGGAAAAUUGCUUUCAUGAGUUUGAUAAAUUCUAUGAGGCUGUUAUUCAGGAACAUCUCCAACCUUCAAGGCCCAGGCUGGACCAUGAAGACAUUACUGACAUCUUAAUUGCUUUGUCAAAUGAUAAAACUGGUCCCCUCAGACUCACCAAAGAUAACAUCAAAGCUGUCUUCAUGGAUUUAUUUCUGGCUUCAAUAGACACUACCUCUGGGACAACUGUAUGGGCAAUGAGCGAACUGGCCAAGAACCCGCGAGUAAUGUCAAAGGUGCAAACUGAAAUCAGAAAAGUAAUAGGAAAUAAAAAUCAAGUAGAAGAGAGUGAAAUAGAGAAGCUCAAGUACUUGAAGAUGGUAGUGAAGGAGACUCUGAGGCUGCACCCUGCAGCACCGCUACUCUUACCGCGAGAAUCAAUGCAAUACUGUAAGAUUGGGGGCUACAGUGUGUACCCCAAAACCAGGAUUUUUAUCAAUGCAUGGGCGAUUGGCAGAGACAGUAAUACAUGGUUGAAUCCGGAAGAAUUUUAUCCAGAGAGGUUUGAGGACAGUGAGAUUGAUUUCAAGGGUCAGCAUUACGAGCUGAUUCCAUUUGGUGCUGGUCGACGAAUUUGUCCUGGAAUGACAACGGGCUUAACUUCGGUGGAAUCAAUACUUGCAAAUAUGUUGCAUUGUUUCGACUGGCAGUUGCCUAGAGGGAUGAAACCUGAAGACAUUAACAUGGAAGAAGUGGUUGGCUUGACUAUUAACAAAAAAUUCCCACUUCAGCUGCUACCUGUCAGACGUAUAAAUGGAUAUCACACCUUAUCUUGCCCCUCAGUAGCACUCAUGGAAAUGAUCUCUGAAUUUCUUAGCUCUGUCUCAUUCUUCUGGCUUUUAACUACCACUGCCUUUCUCCUCCUCCUGUUUCUCCUUCCAUUGUGUCAUGGAUAUUUUUCGAAACAAAUUCUAGAAAAUCUGCCCCCAGGUCCUCCGAGGCUCCCCAUAUUAGGCAACCUUCACCAACUUGGAAGACUGCCUCAUGUUUCUCUGUACAGACUGUCCCAACAAUACGGGCCUGUCAUGCACCUAAGACUAGGCCAAGUCCCUGCUCUGAUCGUCUCGUCGUCUGAGAUGGCCAAAGAGGUGCUCAAAGUUCAUGAUACAAAGUGCUGCAGCAGGCCUGAUUCUUAUGGUAUGAGAAAACUAUCAUACAAUCAGAAGGACAUCUCUUUUUCUCCUUAUGGUGAUUACUGGCGUGAAAUGCGUAAGCUCUGUGUCAUAGAAAUUUUUACUGUUAAGAGAGUUCGUUCCUUUCAACAUGUUAGAGACCAAGAGAUUGCUAAAUUUGUGGCCCUCAUCUCCAAAGAAGCUUUAGACCCUGACACUAAGUUAAUUCACCUUGACAAGAAAAUAUUUUCCCUCGCGAAAAACAUCAUUUGUGAGGUUGCUUUUGGCAGUAGUUUCCAUGGGGAGAAGUUCAAGGAAGAUGAAAUUCAGAAGACUAUACAGGAUGUUAUGAAAGUGACUAGUGGCUUUUGUGCAGCAGAUUUCUUCCCUUAUUAUGGAUGGAUAAUUGAUCUAUUAUCUGGAUUUCGACACAAGAUGGAAAAGUGCUUUACUGAGGUCGAUAAAUUUAAUGAAAGUGUUAUCAAAGAGCAUCUCGAUCCUUCUAGGCCUCAGUUGAACCAUCAAGACAUAACUGAUAUCUUGCUUGCUUUGUCCAAUGAUGAAACGGCUGCCCUCCGUCUCUCAAAAGAUCAUAUUAAAGCCGUCUUUGUGGAUCUAUUUCUGGCUUCAAUAGACACUUCUUCUGGCACAAUCAUAUGGGCCAUGAGUGAGCUUUCCAAGAACCCGCGAGUCAUGAGAAAGGUGCAAGCUGAAAUCAGAGAGAUCACGGGAAAUAAAUCACAAGUAGACGAGAGUGAAAUAGAGAAACUCAAGUACUUCAAGAUGGUGGUAAAAGAGACCCUCAGGUUGCACCCUCCAGUGCCACUCCUAUUACCUCGCGAAUCAAUGCAAUUCUGCAAAAUUGGGGGAUACAACGUAUACCCCAAAACCAGGAUCUUUGUCAAUGCAUGGGCUAUUGGCAGAGACACAAAUACAUGGUAUAAGCCGGAGGAAUUUUCUCCAGAGAGGUUUGAGGACAGUGAGAUUGAUUUUAAGGGCCAGCAUUACGAGUUCAUUCCAUUUGGUGCUGGUCGCAGAAUGUGUCCUGCAAUGACAAUGGGCUUGGCUUCGGUGGAAUCUAUACUUGCAAAUCUGCUGUAUUGUUUCGACUGGCAGUUGCCUGAUGGGAUGAAGCCUGAAGACAUUAACAUGGAGGAAGAGGUUGGCUUGACCAUAAACAAGAAAUUUCCUCUUCAACUCGUUCCGAUCAAGCAUGAAAUCCAAACUUAAUAGUAUUGAUACUGCAGUACUUGCAUUGGCAUUAUUUGCAUUUUCAUUUGCAGGUUCUACUUCAACUUAAAUAUAUACUAUAGUCUACAAGGCCUCAACAGAGAUAUCUCUGAAUUCUAGCUGAAAUUCUUAAACAGGGUCUUUGUUUUAUAAUUCCAACUGAAAAUGGCCAAGUAAUCAACUAUUAAGAGGUUUCUUCUGCUAA